GCCUGUCCAGACGGAGCGUUUUGCGCGCGUAAGCUUACGCGCGUAGACACUCGCGCGUUCCCGAGGCACUAGAGCUACAAGCACUCCGUCCAGAUGCUCUCGCGCGUUUCAAAACUCGCGCGUAAAACGCGUGUCAUGCGCCCGACUCUCGACUCGCUCGUUUUACGCGCGAGCGCCGCGCGAGUCGAGAUACUCUGGCGGCAUUGGAGCGUUCAGUAGUAUGCGCGUGUCCAUAGAGAGUGGACGUAUUUAGAUUUGAAAUGGAGCGCGAUAACUUCGACACCGAACUUUUAAUUGAAGAAGUUGAAAAGAGAAUAGCCAUAUGGGAUAUGGAAUCUGCUGAUUACGCAAAUAGACUCAUUAAACGUAGGAAUUGGGAAGAAAUAGUCGAAAUUUUUUGCGAAGCUGGUGAUUCCGACGAAAAGAAAAAAACGUUGGGAAUGUUAUUGCAAAAGAAGUGGAAAGGAUUGCGUGAUGGCUUUGUCAGAGAAAUGAAAAGGAUAAAAACCACACCGUCUGGAUCAAAAGCCAGCAAAAAUAAAUAUAUAUAUUUUGAACGUUUGAUGUUCCUCGAACGAUCGACACGCAAUAAAACUACUGAUAGCAACAUCGUUUCCUCGCCUGCUGCACCUGAAGAACAAGACAUUUCUGGCGACGGGGAAGAUGUUAUGAGACCUCCAGUUAGCCAGCCGAAAAAGAAAAAAAAAAUGAACGCAGCCGAUGAGGAAUUUCUUGCCAUUAUAAGCAAAAAUUUAGCACCUAGAAAUCAGCCACAAACAUCGGAGUCUGAUGAUGAUAAACUAUUUUGUUUGUCACUGCAUAAGGAGCUUAUUAAAGUACCUGAAGAAAUGAGGCUUCAAGCUAAAAUUGAUUUAAUGAAUGUGCUCCAAAAAGCUCAACGAGCCCCAUGUCAUUCACCUUCACAUUAUAUUCCUUCACCUGCACCUUCACCACAAUAUAAUCACCAAGCAGGAAUGACACACCGCGGACAAAGAGGAUUUUUUAACGAUACAGGAUAUAACGAAACAGACCCUUCAGCAUCUUCGUUUUCACGUUAUUGCACUGGACAACGCAAUUCCCAAUCUAACCCAUCACCGGCGUCUAACUACAAUAACCCAUCACCGGCGUCUAACUACAAUAACCCAUCACCGGCGUCUACUCAAGAUUCCCAAGAGAGUGAAUUGAUGGAGCUAUACCGAGAUUGUUAAAUUGAUUAAGGGAAAAAAGUAUAAAAAUAAUAAAUAUUAUUACCUCAAA